AUGGUGCCCACGUCGCCCGCGGGCAGGGUGGUCGCCGGGCUGAUGUGCGUCUGCGGCGUCAUGAUCAUGGCCGUGGCCUCGGCGCAGUUCUCCCUCCUCUUCCGCGAGAGGUGGGUGCAGGCCAAGGCGCGGGACCACUUCCGGCGGCAGCUCGAGAGCCACAGCGACGGCGCGCUGGCAAGGGAGCGCGACGAGAUCGAGCAGCUGGCCGCGAACAUGCGGCACACCGUCGACCAGCUUGUCGCGAAGGUCGCGGGCGCCUCGCUCGAGGCCGGUGACGGAUCAACUCCGGCUGAGGUUGCGCCGCUGCUCAUGUCCAUCAAAGAGCACGCCGCCGUGCUCAAUGUCGGCACAUGUUCGUUCAUCUACGACGCGCUGGCCUCGGCGCUCCUCGAGAGCGAGGCCAAGUCCGCGAUCGCGGAGGUGCCGCCCGACGCGGAGGGCCGCGCGGAGUUUUCCACACCCGCGAGGCAACCGUCCAUGAGCGACGUCGGCAGCGCCGCGACCACGGCCGCCAUCGUCCGGCAGCUGAGCCCCGCGGCCGGGUACCCCGGCAGCCAGCUCGGCCUCCUCAGGAAGCGAGCCACAUCCAUGGCCUUGACGGCGCAGGAGAUGUGCCUUGACGAGGAUGCUCCGCAUCCUGCGCAGAUGGAGAGGAGAUGCAGCGACCCAGGCAUUGGACGGCAUCGCAGCGCGAAUGUCCUCGGCGAGGACACCGCGGCGGGGGCCGAGGGCGCGGGGGCCGAAGGUCCGACGCCCACGGGCCUGGAGCCCGAGCCCCUUGCCAGGGCCUCCGAGGGCUUCUCCGACGUCUCCGACGUGUCCGACGAGAACGACGGCAAGGCCGACGGGCGUGCUGCGGGCGCCGUCCUGGAGCGCCCCUCCGUGGCUCCUGCGCGGCCGGCGGGAGCCGGCGACGAGGACGACAUCGAGGCCAGCGACGGCGAGGCCCGCGGGUGCGCCGCGGGCGCCGUCCCCGAGCGCCCCGCUUUGGCUCUGGCGCGGCCGGCGGAAGCGGGCGACAAGAACGACGACGUCGAGGCCGACGACGGCGAGGGCGACGGCCGGGCCGACGUCGAGGCCGAAGGCGAGGACGAGGGCGAGCACGACAAGGGCUCACACGGCGAGGCCAGGGACGAGAACGCGGCCGCGGCGCGCCCGGCGAGAGCGGCCAGCGAGGACGCACCCGACGAGGGCCCGCAGUAA